UUUGUCCAUAAACAUUGACAAAGUGGCACCUAGCGGAUAUAUGCACCGCUUGGUACCACAUGGCACCGAUAUUAACGUUACGUUCACACCGUUAAAUUCUAACCUCUAAUUUGCUUAGACUCGAUUACGAACGAUUAGAGGAAGUAGAUUAAUAUGAGACAUAGGAGUAUAAACAAGAGUACUUCACUAAAGCAAUAUUUAAUGAAACUAUAAUAAAAAGUUUAUUGGAUACAUAUUACAUAUAUAUUUAUCUGUAUAUAUGAUAUAUAUAUAUAUAUAUAUAUAUAUAUAUAUAUAUAUAUUUAUAAAAAAUGUUCAAAAAUAUUGUUGUGGGUAUAUCUGGUGGAGUAGAUAGCGCCGUGACAGCAUUGUUACUUAAAAAGAAAGGAUUCAAUGUUACGGGUGUUUUUAUGAAAAAUUGGGAUAUAUUAAACGAAAAAGGAGUAUGUCUUGUUGAAAAAGAUUAUAAAGAUGCCAAAAAAGUUUGUGAAAAACUUGAUAUUCCAUUAUUUCAAGUGAAUUUUGUCAAGGAAUAUUGGAAUGAUGUUUUUAGCACUCUUUUGGAGAAAUAUCAAUCUGGUUAUACACCAAACCCUGAUAUUUUAUGUAAUAAAAAUAUCAAAUUUGAUAAUUUUAUUCAUCUUGCACAAACUAAAUUUCAUGCAGAUGCAGUAGCAACUGGACAUUAUGUAAGAACUAAUUUUGGAUCCUAUCUUGAAAAUUUUAAACCAUAUACUGAUGUGUUUAUGUUACAAGCAUUAGAUGCUAAUAAAGAUCAAACCUUCUUUCUAUGUCAAGUGUCACAACAGUCGUUAAGGCAUUGUAUGUUUCCACUUGGAGAAUAUUUAAAAAGUGAUGUAAAAAAUAUUGCUAGAGAAGCAGGAUUAACUGAAAUAGCAGAGAAAAAGGAGAGUAUGGGUAUAUGUUUUGUUGGAAAGCGCGAAUUUCAACAUUUUAUCUCCGAGUAUAUAGAAAAUAAAGAUGGCGAUUUUGUUAAUUUUGACAAUGGUAAAGUAAUUGGAAAGCAUCAAGGUAUUCAUCAAUGGACCAUUGGUCAGAGAUGUAAAAUUCCUGGAUUGGACGAUGCAUAUUUUGUAUUUCAAAAAGAUCUUCAAACAAAUGUUAUAAUUGUAGUAAAAGGAACAAAUCAUCCAGCUUUAUACUCGGAUCUUGUAGUUGUUCAAAAUCCACAUUGGAUUGUAAAUGAACCACUAGAACUAACAGAUAGUGAACGUAUUUUAAUUUGUGAUUUUCGUUUUCAACAUAGAAAACCACUCAUUAGUUGCAAAGUAUUUAAAACAUUAAAUAAUCAGUUGAUUAUUCAACUUUCCCAACCUUUAAGAGCUAUUACAAAAGGACAAUAUAAAUUGUUAUUAUUAUGUUUAGUAUGCUGUUCUAUACUCUGGUCAAAUAUGUUUGGGUAGUGCUGAAAUUAUAUAUCCUGGUCCAUCAUAUUUGGCACUUGGUAAAAAUAUGAAUACAUUAGAAAAAAAUCUAACAGAACUAGUACAUAGUAAAGUGAAUGCUUACAUUUCUAGCAGUAAUUGUUAAUAUUAGAAUAAUAUCAUUUAUGUAUAAUAACAAUAUUUGUUAAAUAAAUGGAAAUAUACUUGAUAAUUUUAAAUAA